CUCCUAUGUCUACAUCAUCCAAUGUGAUUGAAUGCACUUUCUGUGGUAAACAUGGCCACCCUGAGGACAAAUGUUUUAAGAAACAUGGUUUUCCAGCCAACUAUGUUCCCAGGACUACCACCUCUUCAUAUGGACGAGGCAGAGGAUAUGCUCAUUCUGCAAUCACAUCUCCUGAUGAUUCUGUUAAGCUUUCAAAGGCUGAUUAUGACAAGCUAAUGGCUCUAGUUGGGAACUCUAAGCAGCACUCUCCUCACACAGCUGCUGCAUUUACAACUACCACCACCCCAUCAGGACCUGGAGCAGAAGAGAGUGACUGGUUCUGCUAGAUUGACCAAUGGCCUUUACUACCUAGAAGCCC